AUGGCAAAAAAACAUAAAUCCAGAACAAUUCUUAUAAAACUAUUGUCUACUGCUGGUACUGGAUGGUUUUACACUAUUUCUCGUCCUCGAACAUCUCCAAAACUAUCUCUUAUUAAAUUUGAUCCUAGAGUAAGAAAAAGAGUAUUAUUUGAGGAGACUAAAAUCAAAUGA